GUUAUUUAUUUUAGCCGAAACUAAUGAUAACACUGUCUCCAUGCACUUUCUUUGAUGGCCAUUCUUUUCUCAAACCUCGGCAUCACCAACACCAAACCCUUCUUUUCUUUCACCUCAAAACCCAUAAUUUGUGGGGCUAACAGCCUCACUUCCAAACGGAACCUCAUCCUUCAAACUUCUCUCCUCUGCAUUGGCGUUGGCCUAACUCCUCAAGUCCCAGUUGCGCAAUCUUCACCUCAAGCUUCGCCGUCCAAAUCGCUUCUUUCUAGCAUUCAAAAUACGACAUCUUGGUUUCAGUUCUACGGUGAUGGCUUUGCCAUUCGAGUUCCACCGGAGUUUAAGGAUGUCAUGGAACCUGAGGAUUUCAAUGCUGGACAGUCUCUUUAUGGGGACAAGGCAAAGUCAAAGACUUUUUCAGCACGGUUUGCAUCUUCCGAUGGAUCAGAGAUUCUAAGUGUUGUUACUCGGCCAACCAAUCAACUUAAAAUCACUUUCUUACAGGCUCAGAAUAUAACUGAUUUAGGUUCCCUGAAGGAAGCAGCAAAAAUAUUUGUUCCAGGAGGCUCAACACUUUACUCUGCAAGAUCAAUAAAAAUAAAGGAAGAUGAGGGUUUUACGACUUAUUAUUUCUAUGAAUUUGGUAAAGAUGAACAGCGCGUAGCAAUGAUGACAGGUGUCAACAGUGGAAAGGCUUUUAUUGCUGGAGCAACUGCACCAAAGUCCAAGUGGGACAGCGAUGGUGUAAAACUUCGUUCUGCUGCUAUAUCAUUAAAAAUUCUGUAGCCAUGUGCUGAACCUUUGUUAGCUUGUUCUCUACUUGUCACCUGGAUGAUUGCAGUAAUCUUGACACAUCACAUGGCUCAUUGGGUGCUCAGCUGCCUGUCAAAGCUGAAAAGCAGUUCAAUAAUGCAUUGGACUUUCAAUUAAUAUUCUGUAGAAUGUUGCGAAGUCACUGCUUUUACUGAUUACUGAAAUUUUGAUUUAAGCAUUGAAAUUUGAUUGCUUAAAAUAAUUCAUUAUUUUUAUGAGUUGUCGAGGUAUGGUUCUCACUUUUUGGUAUAAGUUCAUUUUCAUUGCCAAUUUGUAUCAUAAACCAUAACUUUAACUUC